CAUAGGUGCAGAACGUACCUGCAUAUGGCGGACGCUCAGUUUAUGUUUAUGUCAAUAAGGAACUGAUUUUUCGUUUGCGCGGGUGAGGAUUUAAUAAAUAUCUGUUAACAAGAAUGUGGCAGUGAAUUAAGUGAAUUGUGUGUUUAUUUGUGAUAAUGUUUUGCGUCACUGGACUUAACAGAACCUACAAUUCUUCAGUGGAUUUAUAAGGACAUUUAGUUGCUGUGCGAGGGCUUCAACAUGACCUCCGAUAUCUCACCCGCGCAGGCGCAGCCCGGCGCCGGUAAGAUGCGAGAGCGGCGACGCGCGCGACAUCGCACGGCCGCUCUAGUGAUCGCAUGUCUGCUGUUCUUCACCGCCCAAGCCGACGCUGAUGAUCCCCCCGAAAUCACGAUAAGGCCCCGCAACCUACAAGUGCGCGCGAACGGCAUAGCCGCCUUCUACUGCGCGGCGCGAGGCGUGCCCAUACCGGAUAUACAGUGGAGGAAAAACGGCAAGCGAGUCUCUAGUAUGCAAUCACGCUACCAAGUGUCCGGCAUGGACGCGGCCGCCGGGCCGGGCGCGUAUGGCACCGUGCUACGCAUCGAGCCGGUGCGUGCGCAGCGAGACGACGCGACCUACGAGUGCGUGGCUGAGAACGGUGUAGGUGACGCCGUCACUGCGCUCGCGACGCUCACCGUUUUUGAAGCCGACAAGACGCCGCCCGGGUUCCCCGCCAUAGCGCCACCGUCCACGACCCUAGUGGUCGAAGUUGGCCACAUAGCGACGCUGCCAUGCCAGGCGAGCGGCAGCCCGCCGCCCAAGGUGCGGUGGCUGUUCAACUCGCUGCCGCUGGACGUCGCAUCGAACCCGCGAUACGCGCUGCUCAAUGAUAAGAUGCACGGAACACUGCAAAUCGUGAAAAGUGAAGAGCAGGACCAGGGAAAAUACGAGUGUGUCGCCGAGAAUGCUAUCGGUACCGAAUUCUCAAAACCCACCUCGCUGUAUGUGAAAGUGAGACGUGUAGCACCCCAGUUUUCGAUACCGCCCCCACCGCGGACUGAAGUGAUGCUGGGCGGUAACCUUACGUUGAAGUGCGUCGCCGUAGGAUCGCCGAUGCCCACCGUCAAAUGGAGAAAAGGAUUGACGAAAUGGCUGACGCCUGAAGACAACCCACCGCUCGGCAUCAACACACUGAAAUUGGAGGAUAUACGAGAGUCUGCGAACUACACGUGCGAGGCAGCCAGCGUGCUUGGCGUGAUUGAAGCCACGGCAGAGGUCAAAGUCCAAUCGUUACCCGGUCCCCCCACGGAAGUACGCGCGUCUGAAAUCACCGCGACGACCGUGCGCCUCGCGUGGACGUACAGCGGGCCCGAGGAGCCGCAGUACUAUGUUAUACAGUACAAACCGAAAUAUGCUAAUCAGGCGUUCAGCGAGAUAUCCGGUGUGAUCACACAGUACUACUCGGUGACGAAUCUGUCCCCGUACACGGAGUACGAAAUGUACGUGAUAGCUGUGAACAACAUUGGUCGCGGCCCGCCCUCCGAGCCGGCGGUCAUCACUACGGGGGAGACUGUGGAUUCAUUAUAUGGAGGUGCGAAACCCGGUUCAGCGCCGAGGAACGUGCAAGUUCGUCCGUUGAGCUCGAGCACUAUGGUCAUACAGUGGGAUGAGCCAGAAACGCCUAAUGGUCAAGUUACGGGAUACAAAGUUUAUUAUACGUCAGAUCCGUCUCAGCCAAUACAAUCGUGGCAUUCUCAAAUGAUGGACAACAAUCACUUAACGACUAUAAGUGAACUGACGCCACACACCGUGUACACGAUACGCGUACAAGCAUUCACGUCUGUAGGGCCGAGCCCUAUUUCAGCCCCUGUACAAGUGAAGACUCAGCAAGGUGUACCGUCCCAACCAUCAAACUUAGUAGUCGUAGAGGCGGGCGAAACGUCGGUCACAUUAUCGUGGCGACGACCGACGCACGCCGGCGAUAAUAUCGUGUCGUAUGAACUGUAUUGGAACGAUACGUACGCUAAGGAGCAUCAUAAGAAGCGCAUACCAAUAACGGAGACGUACACGCUAAACGGCUUGUACCCGAACACGCUGUACUACAUCUGGCUGGCGGCGCGUUCCCAGCGCGGGGAGGGCGCCACCACGCCGCCCAUCGCCGUGCGCACCAAGCAGUACGUGCCGGGCGCGCCGCCGAUGAACGUGAGCGCGGCGGCGAUCUCGCCGACGGCCGUGCGCGUCACGUGGCAGCCGCCGCCCGCCGAGCGCGCCAACGGCCGCAUCGCGUACUACAAGCUGCUGUGCGUGGAGGCGGGCCGCGGCGACUCGGAGGCGAUGGUCGUGCGCCUCAACCAGACCAGCUUCGUGCUGGACGAGCUGCGGCGCUGGACCGAGUACCGCGUGUGGGUGCUGGCCGGCACCAGCGUGGGCGACGGGCCCGCCUCCUACCCGGUCACCGUGCGCACGCACGAAGACGUGCCUGGUGAACCUCAGGAGGUGAAAGUUAACUCCAUCAACUCGACGUCCAUACACGUCACAUGGAAGCCGCCACAGGAGAAAGACAAGAAUGGCAUCAUACGAGGCUACCACGUUCACGUGCAAGAAGUUAGAGAAGAGGGCAAAGGGCUUCUAAACGAUCCAAUGCGGUUCAACGUAAUGGAUGAUACGACAUUGGAAUUGAACGUCUCUGGAUUACAACCAGAUACAAGAUAUAAUGUACAAGUUGCGGCUUUAACGAGAAAAGGUGACGGGGACCGAAGUCCGCCUGUUUCUGUCAAAACGCCAGGCGGUGUUCCGAAUAGACCUACUGUUAAUCUCAAGGUUCUAGAACGUGAUCCUAUAGUAUCAAUAGAAAUUGAAUGGGCAAAGCCUACUCAAACGUAUGGAGAUUUACUUGGCUAUCGGUUGCGAUAUGGUAUAAAAGAUCAACCGCUCGAAGAAAUGAAUUUUUCCGGAACCAAAGUUAGUUCGCACAGAAUUAAUGAUCUGGAAAGAGGCGUACAAUACGAAUUUCGCGUAGCCGGUAGAAAUCCUAUAGGAAUUGGUCAAGAAACUAUAAAAUAUUGGCUUACACCAGAAGGCGCGCCGAAAGGCCCUCCCACGAACGUAUCAUACAAUUUCCAAACACCAGAUAUUGUAAGUAUUACUUGGGAACCGCCAAUAAGAGCAGACCGAAGUGGCCAAAUAAGGAAAUACGAUGUACAAUUUUAUAAGAGGGGAGAUCAAUCUUCACUCGUAGAGAAGACCACUGAAUUAACUAAAGCUGUAUUCACUGGGUUAGAAGAAGACGCCCACUACGUUUUUAAGGUCCGUGCAUACACGGAUCAGGGAGCUGGCCCUUAUAGCAAAGACAUCGUAGCGCAUACAGAAAGAGACAUCGGUAGAGCACCAAUGUCAGUGAAAGCUGUAGCUACUUCGGAAUCUGGUGUUGAGGUAUGGUGGGAAACUGUACCUUCAAGGAAAAAAGUUGUUGGUUAUGUCAUCUUUUAUACAAUGACUCCCGUUGAAGAUCUAGAUGCAUGGCAACAAAAAACCGUACACGUAACUCAUUCGGCAGAUUUGGAGAAUUUGGAAAAAUUCGCUGAAUAUGCUAUUGCUGUGGCAGCUAAAUUAGCCGAUGGUUUGGGAAGGUUAUCGGAAAAAGUAACUGUUAAAAUCAGACCAGAAGAAGUGCCUUUACAUCUUCGAGCUCAAGACGUUUCCACUCAUUCAAUGACACUGUCUUGGUCUCCUCCUUUGAGGCUAAAUCCUGUUAGUUAUAAGAUUUCAUACAAUGCCAUUAAAGAAUUUGUUGAUUCUCUUGGAAUGACUCAAACUCAAGAAAUUCCUAAGAGAGAAAUAGUUGUAAAGCACGAUCGAACGUCUUAUUCUAUCAACGAUUUAUCGCCAUUUACGACAUACAACGUGAAUAUAAGUGCCAUACCUAAUGAUAACUCUUACCGACCGCCAACUAAAAUUACGGUUACAACUCAAAUGGCAGCGCCUAAACCAAUGGUAAAACCAGACUUUUACGGUGUUGUUGAAAAUGAAAUACUCGUUAUUCUACCUCAAGCCUCCGAAGAAUAUGGACCCAUAUCGCAUUAUUAUCUUGUUGUUGUUCCUGAUGACAAAGCACAUAACCAUAAAAACCCCGAUCAAUUUUUAACAGAAAAUUUAAUCAAAAACAACGCUAGGACGGACGAUGAAAAUGCACCAUACAUUGCCGCAAAGUUCUUACAAAGAAAUAUUUUAUAUACUUUCCAUCUAGGAAACGAUGAAAUGUACGAAGGCUUCCUUAAUAGAAAGCUUAAUCCGAAAAAACGAUAUAGAGUAUUUGUGAGAGCUGUUGUUGAUACGCCGCAGAAACAUCUUUAUACGUCAAGUCCUUUCUCCGAAUAUCUGUCACUUGAUAUGCGAGAAGCUCCACCGGGUGAGGAACCAAGUAGACCAGAUCCUAAAGAUAUGAACGGUGACCCUGAAAUCAGAAUAGAAGAAAAUCGAAAAGAAGCGGGUAUGGUUUGGGUAAUUGGGCCUAUCAUAGCAGCAUUAAUGCUCUCACUAUGCUUAGUACUACUGUUUAUUGUAAAGAGAAGACGACAACCGUGUAAAACGCCUGAUCAAGCUGCUGUUACUCGACCAUUAAUGUCAGCAGAUAUUGGUUUUGGAGCUCCAUCGGAUCCUGUUGAAAUGAGAAGACUUAAUUUCCAAACACCUGCAAUGAUCUCACAUCCACCUAUUCCUAUCUCCGAACUAUCAGAACAUAUAGAUAGACUGAAAGCUAACGAUAAUCUGAAAUUCUCUCAAGAAUAUGAAAGUAUUGAACCUGGCCAACAAUUCACGUGGGAUCACUCUAAUAUGGAAGUUAACAAACCUAAAAAUCGUUAUGCUAAUGUUAUAGCCUAUGAUCAUAGUAGAGUUAUCCUGCAGCCUAUUGAUGGAAUACUUGGAAGUGACUAUAUUAAUGCUAACUAUUGCGAUGGGUAUCGAAAACACAAUGCCUACGUUGCAACUCAAGGACCAUUACAAGAAACCUUCGCCGACUUCUGGAGGAUGUGUUGGGAACUACGAACAUCAACAAUAGUCAUGAUGACGAAGCUCGAAGAAAGAACUAGGAUUAAAUGUGAUCAGUACUGGCCAAGCCGCGGAAGCGAGUCUUACGGUAUGAUGACAGUCGCAAUCGCUGAAGUCCAAGAACUGGCUACUUAUUGCAUUCGUACUUUCCAAGUCACCAGAAACGGUGGAGCGGAGCGGCGAGAGAUUAAACAAUUACAGUUCACGGCGUGGCCUGAUCACGGCGUACCAGAUCAUCCGGCACCGUUCUUGCAAUUUUUACGUCGAGUUAGAGCUUUAAAUCCACCUGAAGCGGGACCUCUAGUUGUCCAUUGUUCUGCGGGUGUCGGUCGGACCGGCUGCUUUAUCGUUAUCGACUCCAUGCUGGAGAGAGCUCGACACGAACGCACGGUAGAUAUCUACGGCCACGUGACUUGCCUGCGUGCACAACGUAACUACAUGGUGCAAACUGAAGACCAAUACAUCUUCAUCCACGAUGCCUUACUCGAAGCCGUCAUCUGCGGCGAUACGGAAGUUCCUGCGCGUAACUUGCAUUCGCACAUACAGAAGUUGAUGCGCAUCGAUUCUAUCGAGAAUAUAACUGGAAUGGAAUUGGAAUUCAAGAAACUGGCGAACAUGAAAGCUGAUUCGAGCCGGUUUGUUUCCGCGAGUUUGCCAUGUAACAAACAUAAGAAUAGGCUGGUGCACAUCUUGCCGUAUGAGUCUACCCGCGUCUGUCUGACUCCUCGCGAUGGUUCUGAUUACAUCAACGCUUCGUUCGUCGACGGCUACAGAUACCGGGCAGCUUACAUCGCCACUCAAGGCCCGCUACCAGACACUACUGAUGACUUCUGGCGCAUGCUUUGGGAACAUAAUUCUACCAUAAUUGUUAUGCUGACAAAGUUAAAGGAAAUGGGAAGAGAAAAAUGCCAUCAAUACUGGCCUUCCGAUCGUUCUGUGCGCUACCAAUGUUUCGUCGUGGACCCCAUCGCUGAGUACAAUAUGCCUCAGUAUAUCUUGAGGGAAUUCAAGGUAACGGACGCGCGCGACGGUGCGUCCCGCACAGUGCGGCAGUUCCAGUUCACGGACUGGCCGGAGCAGGGCGUGCCCAAGAGUGGCGAAGGGUUCAUCGACUUCCUGGGGCAGGUGCACAAGACGAAGGAGCAGUUCGGGCAGGAUGGACCCAUUACGGUGCACUGCAGCGCGGGCGUGGGCCGCACGGGCGUGUUCAUCACGCUGUCGACGGUGCUGGAGCGCAUGCAGUACGAGGGCGCGGUCGACGUGUUCCAGACCGUGCGCACGCUGCGCACCAUGCGGCCCGCCAUGGUGCAGACUGAGGACCAGUACGAAUUCUGCUACCGAGCAGCCCUAGAGUACCUGGGCUCGUUCGACCACUACGCGAACUGACGCUGAGACCGACUCGUGUAGGCGACGCUCCGUCACACACAGCGUCACCUAAAGCGUCACCUAUCUUAUUAUAUCGCCCUGCAGGAUCUUUCGGAAGCGUGUCGUCAUCAACAUUGUUAUCAGCGUCAUUUAUAUCAAAAACAUGUUCCAAUGUCGCUCCUCAAUCGAUUGUUUUUUUGGGAAUUUCGUUGUAGAAAUUUUUGGAAUUUGGUUCUCUUGAAUCUUGAACAGAAAAAAUCAUUAUGAUUGCCAUUUUAUUGGCCUAAUUUUUGUUAUUUUUUAUUUGCGUAUAAAUGAUUUCAAUAUUAAAAUUCUUCAAACAGAAUUAACCUUUUACAAAAUUUAAUUGAUAAAUUUGAAGGUCUUCUCCGUUUUUUUUAAGGGUUAUUAUAAUUUGACCCUCUCAAUGUACCUAAUCUGAAAGUAAUAAUAUUUAAUCAAAAUUUGACCAGUGUUGCCUACAUUCAGAAAGGCGAUGCCAAAGGAUUGAAUACCGCGAGGGUCGCAAUUUGUUGGUUGAGGAGCGAUACCCUUUUUAAUGAUCAUCCAUAUAAAUAACUCCGCAUGGACCGAAUUAAGACAAUAAAUUUUUCAUAAACGACACGUUCCAUUUCACCCUCGAGCGACUUAACAUUCACCUAAAACUUGAUGAUAUUUGAUAAAAAUUUACGUUUCACCCUAGAUUAGUAAAGAGGCUUGCAUAUAAUCGUGUAGUUUGACAGGCAUGUUAAGUCGCUUUUUGUCCGAAAGAUAAAGAAAGGCUCUUGUAAUAACGAUGAUAAAGAGGCUAGAUCGCGACAGUGCCUAGUUAACGUUACUUAUGAUAUAUAUAACCUGUGAGACCAGUGUAAUCAUGAUUGUGAGUGGGAAAGGGUAAUUGUUAUUCGUCUUGUAAUGGCUUCUCGUUGGCGCAUGUAUCUCAUACAUUUUUACGAUUUUUUUUUUAUGAAAAAAAUUUUUUUUUGCAGGUCAGUAGUUAAUUUUUUAUGAAGUUUUCAAUAUUUUUUGUUAAUUUUUGUAUGUACAUCGAAAAAAAAGUUGUGGAUUUUUUUGUCUCCUUUUCAUUGAAGUGUAUAGAUACAGGCGCCCAUGAGAAUGAACUAAGUACUAUAUUUAACCUAUAUCCCUAUUUUCGAUAUAUAUAGAAAAGUAUACUGUUGUUCACACUAAUUGAUCCUAUGAGCAGUACUAUAAACUGGAUUUGAUGCAUUUAUGAAAAUUAUUAACGAAAAAUAACUUAAAAAAUGUUUGGGAAAUUAAUAAUGUUUAAAAUUAACUGUAUUAUCGAUUGAGCCAUGAACAAUUAUUUGCUAAUAUAAUAUAAUUAGGGAAUGGAAUCAGUGCGCUUAGUGACUUACGCGAUAUGAUAAUCAAGUCUAAUCACAUAUUAUGACUAGGGUCGGCGGCAACUGACGAUCAAACAGCGAUAAAUAAUAAAAAAUAGUUUUUUUUUUUCUCAUUUACCAGUGGAAUAAUUUUUUUUUUCGCUUUUGUGUUUUUAUCUAGGUAUAUAAUGAUUUUUCUUUAAACAAAGAAAUCUAAAAUUAUUUAAAAAAGUCAUAUAAUUAACGGGUAAACAAAAUCAUUUGUCGCCGUAAAAUCGUCAGUUGUCCCCGGCCCAUAUACGAUACAGUAUAAUGUAAAAUGUAUAAAUAGUUAUUGCAGCUGUAAUUAGAAGUUUAUUUUUCAUAUCGGGUGUUAAAUACGUUAAGUAGUGUAAAUUAUGGUAAUAUGUUUCAUUGCGAUGUAACAACAAACUUAGACGAAUCGGCUGUGUCGUGUGAAAUUAUGUCAUGUGCGUAGAAUGUAAUGUUUUGUGUAAAUAGUUUUUAGUUUUUUACACACGAUCGCCUUAAACAGUACUUCAGAUGUAUGAAUACCGGGUUUUUUUUUUGUCCAUUGUAAUAGUUUCAUUAAAGCUUCGAUACGUUCUAUGUAAUAUAUUGUCACUGCCACGUAUGGAAAAGGUGAUUCGAUGACAUAUCUAAUGUUAGGUAGAAAAUUGUUUUGUCUGUGUGUUGUAAUAAUUAAAUGAAUCGUAGGAAAUGAUCGAAUCUAUUCGGCAACGGAUGGACGGUGGAAAAAUUAUAUUAUCUGUAUAAUUUUUAAUCUGUAAUUGUGAUAUGAUUUCGCGCUUCUUACCCACUUGUAAACGAAAGCUCUAAGAAACUGAACGUAACACUAUUUAAGGCUAUAUCUAGGUGGAGUUAUUGUUUAAUCUAAUCCCUUGCCUAGUAUUUGUAACUACACUUACAAUUUAGGUUUUUCAACUCCUUUUAUACAAUCUUAUCUAAUCUAAAAUAUAUCUACGUAUAAGUUAAUCUUGAGCUUCGAAAUUUAGAUGUACGAUGCGUUUAUGAAUGAACUAUGGAUUAUGGAUAUAUCAAGAAAUGUAACUGCCAAUUGUUUCGUGUAGCUAUAAAUCAAAAUAUAUGUAAUAUGGAAGUAAAAUAGAUUUUAAAGAAUAUUGUUAAAUUGGAUAGUGAAAAUUUAAUACUCGUUAAAUGAUACGCGUAUCGGAACUCGGCAGCUUUGCGCUUGCGAUUAACUUGAAGCAGCUUCUUAUCUGGCAACUAUUUCAUAUACACGUUAGUUUUAAUUUUAUUUCUCAUAACGGUAUAAGUAGUAGAUACGUGACUGUUUGAACUUAACGUAUGAGUGGACUAUUUAAAAAUAAUUCUCAUUUACCGUUUCAUGAUAACUAAAGGAUCAACGCACAUGUUAUUGUCUACUGAAUAUAUUAAGCCCCUUUCCAAACACUUCUGUGGACAUUCGGACCAGCCAACUUUAAACGCAAAAAUAAAUUCAAAUAAUACCUGAACAUAACAUUAAACUCUCACCACACCUACGCAAUAAAAUAUGAAAUAUUUUUUUACCGGCAUUGAAUGAAAAUAUAUUUUUAUAAAAUCCCAUCACUCGUGCAAAAUCAGUUAAAAUAUAUCAUGAAAUAGAUUUGUCACGGUUUGCAUUGAUGUUCAGAAAGGCUACUCACUACUGUUGACAGAUUGAAUUCUUUAAAACGAUACAAUAUAAUAUUAAUUACCGAAGCAGAUAUAGAAUUUCCGUACUAAAACGGAUAAUAAGUACUCAGGUUUCUUGCGAACAUAGUUUAAUUUUGUAAUAUUCCCGUUAAAAAUAUACCAUUCACAGUACAAAGUAUAAUAAUGUUGCCACUUGCCACAAAACCAUACAAUUUUGAAUAUAUGUACAUAGUGCAAAAACCUUUUCAUUUUGAAAUAAGACUGAUUUGUUUUCGAUGUGUUCUUACUUAAUUUGUGUUGUGUAUUCCUGUAUAAUGUUGCAGCUAUUUUAUUAAGUGUAAUUAUACCUUUAAUUUAGGUUUUUUAUUUUAUGUUUAUUAAAAUGUACUAUAGUUGUAAGAUCGUCGCUCUAAAUACGUGAAUAAAACAGAAAGCUUUGAACGCUUUAUUUUGCAGACUCCUUGUAUUAUUUUAUUUUACCUGAUUUUUAAUAUGAUUUUAUGUAAACGUAAAAUGGAAUAUCUACGUAUUAUUUUUUCUGUUUUAUUGACCAGUACAAACGAACAAUGAAAUUAAAUGUAAUUUCUCCGAUUUAUUUUGCGUUUUGUAUAUUUUGAAUUGCGAUAAGGCGCCAUAGCUGUCUGUGUUUAGAGCAAUUGCAAAUGGCGGACGUAACGUGGCGGGAAAAAAUGAAUGUAAUUAACUCGAAAGUUAAACCGUUAUUUUGUAAAAAAAUAUCCCGCGAUGCGUCCCGGGACACAGUGGAUUCGCAGAAUUAUACAUAAUGUAUAUGAAGAAAUAAAUUUAUGUGAAAUA